AUGGUAGGCACAAUUGGUGCUGACCGAGUCGCACCAAAACUAGACGAUCCCCUUGAAGCUGCAAUUGUUCAAUUUCCGGAACAACCAAAGAAGAUCUCAUUUGACACAUUGCUAGAGCAACACCUUGGCAACUUUGGAAGAUACCAGCUUCUCCAAUUCGUCUUACUAUGUCUACCGACCAUAUUUGUAGCAAUGCAUGUUAUGAGUUGGGCUUUUGUUGCCGUGCCACCACCCCUUACAUGUACAAAUAUGACUUUGAUGGAGAACUGCACAAUUGAAGACACGAAGUCCUCAGCCGUUGCAAGGUGGCACAUGUACGGAGACAGGUCAUGGAUCAAGGCAACCGUACAGUCACUAUACUACAUAGGUCAGAUGACAGGAUCACUAUUCUGUGGAAUAAUGGGUGACAAGAUCGGAAGGAAAAAAGUUUUUUAUCUCGCUAUCGUCAUUCAAACCGUAUGUGGCCUUGCACUAACUGUUGCUCCAACGUGGUGGCUCUUCGCUCUGUUGAAGGCAGGAACAGGAUUCUCACAGCCAGGCAUAUUCGGUGUGGCUGUUGUAUUGGGAAUGGAAUUAGUCGGUGCUAAGUAUAGAAGACUUGGAGCCGUUGUGGCUGGUGCAUUUUACGCCGUAGGAGAGAUGAUGCUAGCCGGUAUGGCAUACCUUCUAACAGAUUACCGUGUUCUUCAUGCUGCUAUAGCGCUACCUUCUCUAAUAUUCUUCUCCUAUUGGUGGGUGGUUCCGGAGAGCGCCCGUUGGUUAGUAACAAAAGAACGUUAUGACGAAGCCGACAAGAUUCUUCACAAGGCCGCUCGAAUAAACGGAUCGUACGUUCCGGAAAGAUGGUGGGAACAGUUGAUGCAAACCCAGAACAGCAAAUAUCAGUCGUUUGGCAUAAUCGAUCUUGUUCGUACACCGAAGAUGCGCAUCCGAACGCUUGUCUGUUUCUUCCUGUGGCCUGUGAAUACUAUGAUGUACUAUGGACUGACUAUGAAGAGCGAUCUUGGUGGUGGCAGUCUUUAUAUAAAUUUCGCCAUUAGUGCUUUGAUGGAAAUUCCGGCUCUUCUCGUCGUGUACUUCCUCAUCGAUCGUAUAGGGAGACGCCAACUUGUCGCAUUUGGUCUACUGACUGCUGGACUUUGUCUGGUCUUCAAUUGGGUCAUUGGGGACGACGUUUCAUUUUAUUGGGGAAUGUUACAAAUGAUGAUUACGAAGGGUGCUGUGACGGUCUCCUACACCGCUAUGUACACUUAUACUUCUGAACUUUUCCCGACGGUAAUUCGCAACACUGCUGUUGGAUGCUGCUCAACAAUUGCUCGCGUCGGAGCUAUCAUGUCAUCGUAUAUGGCUUUAUGGCUGGUUGACUCCUACGGCAAGCUCGCUAUGGUCAUUCCGUUCACAGCACUUUCAUUGAUAGCUGGAUUAUUGACGGCGGUAUUUCUACCGGAGACGAUGAAUAAACCUAUGCCCGAAUCCAUAUCAGAAGUGGAAGGGAACGAAAUCUAG